AAUUUCUGUCUCCUUCGUUAUAGGGUUUACGAAUAACCUCGAUUUCAAUCUCCACUUUCAUAUCUCCGGCAAUAAAACUCCACCGUUCCAUUCCAUCCUAGGGCGCGGAACACCCUUACUUUCUUGGGUUUUUCCUCAGAUCCAUUCCCAGGUAUUUCAUCUUGAGUUGGUUGCAACAUGGGUGAUUUUUCAAUCCAGAUUAGCUCCAGCCUUAUCAGCCGCUUAGCUGAAGAUGAUUUGAAGCCGAAGAGAAGAACAAAGAAAACUAAAAGCAGGGUGCCAUUAGAACCUCCAAAGCCGGAAACUAAGGUCGAUCAGAAGCAUAUAUCUGAUGAUUCUGAACAACAGAAAGGGAUUGAAGGCACCAGAUGGCCAGUUCCACCUCCCUUAUUUCUGCCCGUAAACCAACCUCCUUAUGCUGCCAGUGCAGAGUUAGAUGCAAUUAGAUCUGUUGUUAAAGAGAGUGAGAACGUCGUUGAAAAGCUGCGAAAGCAGGAGGAGAACAUGGUGCAGGAAGUAACACAAAAAGCUAAGGAUCUUCAUGAGAAUGAGUUCAAGAUUCCAGAACCGAAGCCUAUGCCUUGUUUGGUUGAAAGUAAUGCUUGGAUGGCAUGCUAUAAGGAGAAUGCUAAUGACCUUACUAAAUGUGCUUCUCUGGCCCAAAAUUUUGCAGAAUGUUCUCGCAAAGUUAGGCAGUUAGCAAAAACAGCUGAUAAAUAGGCUUUGACAGGGACAAAUUUUCAAGUGAUAGAAUUGGUGCCUGUUUGAGUUUAAUUUUGGCAUUGCAAAUAAACCAGCAACGGAGAAAACCUACUAAUUUGUCUAGCACCCUUGUAGG